AAAGGGAUUAGGGCUUUUUUGAAGAUGGAUUUGGUUGCAGAGAAGAAGGAGAUGGACAAUCACAACACCUACGCUCGAGCUCUCAUCGAUUCUACUGCUUCUUCUUCUUCUUCUUCUAUCGAUAACCCCACCAAAGACGCCGAAGACCAACGCGACCUCCGACCUGCCCUCCAUCCUCUCAAGAACAAAUUCGUGUUCUGGUACACUCGUCGCACACCCGGAGUUCGAAGCCAGACUUCGUAUGAAGACAACAUCAAGAAGAUCGUCGACUUCAGCACGGUCGAAGGUUUCUGGGUGUGUUAUUGCCACCUGGCUCGUCCUAGCUCAUUGCCCAGCCCAACUGACUUGCAUCUCUUCAAGGAUGGAAUUCGUCCUCUCUGGGAGGACUCUGCUAAUUGCAACGGUGGUAAAUGGAUUAUACGCUUCAAGAAGGCUGUCUCCGGCCGCUUUUGGGAGGACCUUGUUCUUGCCUUGGUUGGUGACCAACUUGACUACAGAGAGAACAUAUGUGGGGCGGUACUAAGCAUUAGAUUCAAUGAGGACAUAGUCAGUAUCUGGAAUCGUAAUGCUUCUGAUCAUCAGGCUGUAAUGGCUUUAAGGGAUGCUAUUAAGCGGAACUUGAAGCUCCCACACAGCUAUGUCAUGGAGUACAAGCCUCAUGAUGCUUCACUCCGUGACAAUUCAUCAUAUCGAAACACUUGGUUGAGGGGUUAGAAGUUUGCAAAUUUCUUUUGCUGCCUCCUGAUAAGUUGCUGUUACAGAUACAUUUCAUUAGAGCCAGCUUGUGCCCGAGUGUGCUCAAGAAGUUAUGACUAAAAUGUCAGAUGAUAAAAGAGAGAUCUUGUGAGGUCAGAAGUUGAACCUGUAACAGAUUUGUAUUUGUACUAAAGAGUCUAAAGUUACCGAUGGAUUAUUAAACGAAUCUUAUUUCAUUUCUGAUUA